UUUUUUUUUUUUUUUUUGGGGGGGGGGACUUAUCUGGAGUGCAAAGGUUUUGGGUUGAAGGAAAGAGUGACCGGUGGGUUGAUUGUUCUUCCAUGCUGCUGGUUAGAUAAUUGCACGGUUUAUUCACGCCUUUAGGUUUUGGGGUUAGGUGGAAUGGUUGCUUCCGAAGUUGUGUCGACUUCUCCCCUCAUGAUUGCUUACAGGAAUUGAACGGUGUGAUGGGUCGAAGGGUUCAGGUAUUGAGAGGUGGCAUCUGUUGCACUUUGAACGUGGUGGGGGUUUCUGAAUUUCGGAGCCUUCAACGUUGGUAGUUGAAGUGGUCACUGUUUUGCAAUGAGAGUUGUAUUGCACGCUUACUGUUUGUUUGAUGACUUUCACUUCUGUAGACCGCUAUUAAGAGGGAGAAGUAGCAUUCGAAUACAACACGGCAUUUUGAAAAGUAGUCUGAUUUGAGUAGUGGGCAUGCAACAAAGGACGUAAGGACGUUUUAUUCGAUUACACUACACUUUGAAUAUAUGUUGUUGAAGAUUCGCACUAAUUGCGAUGCUCGCAAUUUAUUUAUUACUAGAGUUGAACUAGGGUUUGAGCUAGAAGUGGUUGCUUCUGUUGCAUGUAUUGAACGUGAGCUCGUAUCUGGCGUCUUUCGUGCGUUGAAACUCUGUCAAUAUCUACAUCUUAAUUUACGAUUUGUUUUUGGUGAAGUUCGUUACAUCUGCAUGGCUGAAAGAAGGUUGAGAUAAAUAUAAUCUGCUAUCGGCAGCUAGAGAGGCCGUGGUAAUGCUGGGGCAAAACUUUGAAGGUGAUACAAAACGUUGCAGCCGCAUGACCUUUUGAGAUUAACAAAGUUAUUCAUGAAGCAGACAAAUAGGACUCUAUAAUGGGCAACGUCUAUCACUGAUGAGUAUCAAACUAUAGCAACUAUGAAAGGUGGAAUGCAACACUUGCCAUUGCAAACCUCUGAAAGAGCAUCUUUCUGCGGCGACCCGGCAAUUGCUAAUGCACUGGAGCUAGCCAACACAUCGCCAGCACGGAUUGGAACAAGAGCACCUUCUGCACGUGAGUAUGAUGAAGAGUAUGUUGUUGUCGACCUGGGAGAAGAUUUGCCUGCACCCCAGGCACCUCAGGCUGGAAGGCUGAAUGGAGAAGGCUCGGAUUUAAAGAAGCCAAAUCCCGAGUAUGACAAUGUGGGUAAUGACAUGGAACUGGGUCUCAAAGGAGAAGGCAAACAUGUGAGUAAUUCUUCCAAGGAUGACGCAGCUGAUGGAGAGGCAGCGUGCCGGGUAUGCCAUCUGGGGUUCAGCUCCGGGAACAGCGAGCGCAUUGAGCUUGGCUGUGCUUGCAAACAAGAUCUUGGCCUCUGCCACCGCGACUGCGCAGAGGAAUGGUUCAAGAUCCGUGGUAACACCGUGUGCGAGAUUUGUGGUGAAACUGUGAAGAACGUACGUAUUCCUGAGCCUGUGAAUAGCACUGCUUCACGUCUCGAAGCUGACGGAGCUGAUGCACAGACACACCGGGAAUUCGUCAGAUCGACGGCUAUGUCAAGGCUUAGGUACAUGUGGGCAAAUCAACUCAUCAGGAACUCAUUGCUCGCAUCCAUGAUUGUGGUGUUCAUGAUCCCCUGGUUCUUCCGCAUCGCCUAUUUCUAAAAAUCCUUGAUCAUGCUUCUAUUUUUAGAGACAUGUAUUGAUUCCAAUUGACAUGUAUAUAGAUGUACAGCUGUUUUGCAGGAGUGGAUCCUGCUUUUGUGAAUUGGUUGCGAGGUCUGAAAGCUUUUCCUUGAUUUCUUCAAUCCAUUAAGUCUUGCAA